GACACUGCAUAUACCGACGAAACGCUGUUGACCAUCUCCUCCAUCCACGUAACGAUCACAGGAAUCACAGGACGAACCAACGACAGCGAUACCGAGGUUGAAACCAUCGUCCAAUGCCAUCCGGCUGAGCUUGCAUCACAGUAGCUCCAUCUGUAUACCACUCUUCCGCCUCUUUGCCAGCACUCUCUCUCAAUGCUUCUCCAAAGUACUUGCAGGAGAAUCGCACUCGCGCGUCCCUCCACAUUGGCCUCCACCAUGCCUCUACGCGCAAAGAUCCUCGCUCCCGGCUCAAGACAGUCUUCGAGCGCGGCCGAUAUCAAAGAACUCCCUGGUGACGAAGACAACGAUGUCCUCUUCAAUACCCACGGCGGUGUCCGGUCCAUCACCCUCAACCGUCCGAAGAAGCUCAAUUCCCUCAACGGCAGCAUGGCCCGCAAGAUUGUACCCAGACUACGAGAGUGGAGCAAGAGCGACCUCGCGAACGUUGUGAUCAUCAAAGGCGAAGGACGAGCAUUUUGUGCGGGAGGAGAUGUAGCUUGGCUAGCACAACGCAACAAGACGGGUACUGAAGGACAACAAGAAAGUAAGGACUAUUUCGGCCUGGAAUACAAACUCGAUCACCUCAUUGCAACCUAUCGCAAGCCCUACGUCGCCUUCAUCGAUGGUAUCACCAUGGGCGGCGGUGUCGGCCUCUCCCUCCACGCUCCAUUCCGGAUAGCCACCGAGAACACCGUUUUCGCGAUGCCCGAGACCAACAUUGGAUUCUUCCCCGACGUUGGCGCCUCGUUCUUCCUCCCACGUAUGGAUGGCGAGUUGGGAACCUACUGCGCCCUCACCUCCGAGCAGAUCAAAGGCGCCGACGUUUUCUUUGCCGGAGUCGCCACCCACUAUAUCCACUCCUCCUCCCUGCCCGACCUCGAAGCACGCCUAUCGGAACUCAACUUCAAAGACUACGACUCCCUCCAACAGCGCCUCCAGAUCAUCAACUCCACCAUCGAAGAAUUCGCCACGGGC